AUGGCUUCGAUGCGAAUAAAAAAACCUGCGACCCGCAAGGGUAAAAAGGCGUUAGAGGAGCGAGAACCAAAAACUAUAGAAAACCUAAAGAAGACCCUGAUUAUGGAAGGCCGAAAAUGCUCCAAUGAAAUUCGGCAAGCGUUGAAAGAUUUAAACCUUCUCAAGAAACCCAACGCACGCUUGAUGAGGCGAAAUAACGAUGUUACCCCAUUCGAAGACGCCACACCACUGGAACACUUGGCAAAAACGAAUGACUGUCAUCUGUUUUUGUUUGGAUCUACCACAAAAAAGCGUCCUAACAAUUUGAUUAUGGGACGCAUGUACGACGAACAGGUACUGGAUAUGAUUGAACUCGGCAUCGACAACUACACGGCGCUGGAAAAGUUCAAGACGGAGAAAAUUUCACAGUUCACAAAACCGGUCAUAGUUUUCAAUGGGUACAAGUGGAAGCUGACGGAAGAGCUGCGACGGAUCAAGAGCUUGCUGUUGGAUAUGUUCCGCAUCGAUCAAAUCGAUUCCAUUCGUCUGCAAGGCAUAGAGCACGUGUUGAGUUUCACUCUAACCGACGACCUGACUAUCCUGAUACGGUCGUAUCGCAUCCAACUGAAAAAGAGUGGUCAGCGAACGCCUAGAAUCGAGCUGGUUGAAAUGGGCCCAUCGUUGGAUCUGUCGAUUCGUCGCACGAAGAUAGCGUCAGAUAAUCUGUACAAGGUCGCGAUGAAGCAACCAGCCAUUCUGAAGGCGGCCAAAAAGAAGAACAUAUCGCGCGAUGGUCUGGGCAACGUGCAUGGAAGAGUGCACGUCGGAAAGCAGGACAUCAACACUCUGCAAACGAGAAAGAUGAAGGGUCUGCGAAAAACGGCCGAGGAGAAGCGUGCGGAAAAAUUGAACAAACGAAAACGGACCUCUACGGAUGGUGGGGAUGAGACCAUGGAUGGUGAAUCGAAUGCUGAGGACGGUGAAGGCAUGGAUGUGGACAGCGGGGAUGGAGAGUAAUAGGAACAAUAAUUGUACGCUUAUUGGA